AUGCCGGCAAAAGAAGCCGCUGGAGAUGUUCCAAAGUUGGCGCCGGACCUUGAGAUCGUGGGAGAUCAGGUCAGAAUCCAGCCAACUGGCUUCACGGGCGGGCUGGAAGGGACAGAUGGCAUCACGGAGCGACGGCUGAUGCACCAGAUGGGCCGAUUUCGAGAGAACCCCUUCGACUUUUUACGAGAAAUCAGCCUGUUCGUGUCAGGGACAGGGUGGCGUGCAUACGACGAUUUCAUUGGCCAGCCUAUCUUCUACUCCGGCUUCAGCGAGAAGAUGAAGUCCUCGGUAGCUAGCCAUUCGGCCCUUGUUAGCAAAAUUGAAGAGCUGGCGGAGCUGCAAGUCAAGACCGAGGAGAAGGAAGGAUUGUUAACCCUCACCUCCCCGGCCAGUUCGAGCUCUAACGGAGGGCGCAAUGUUGACCCCCGCACCAGGAGGAAGGAGGAGAUUGCGGCGAAUCUACGAGAGGUCGUUGAUACCAUGUUGGAUAACAUGAUUUGCAAGAUGGAAAGCAAAUCCUUUAUCCGGGGAGCCUAUUAUGUCACGACACAGGCUUUAACUCGAGCGUACCAUCAAGGAAUCCACGUGUCUAGUGAAGAAGUGCUACGGCUUAGGUCUGUCGCUGAAGAGGCAGCGAAGAAGAAACAGUCGAUCGUUUUCUUGCCAUGUCACAAGUCUCACGUCGAUUACGCUUCUCUUCAGGUUAUCUGCUACCGUCUAGGGAUUGCGCUCCCUGUCGUUGUAGCUGGCGAUAACCUGAAUAUUCCUCUACUGGGAAGCUUCUUGCAGCAUGCAGGUGCUAUGUGGAUUCGUCGCAAAUUUGGUAAUGAUCCAUUGUAUCAUGUGCUUGUUCAAGCAUACAUUGAUACGCUCCUGAGUAACGGUCACAACUUUGAAUGUUUCGUCGAGGGUGGUAGGUCUCGAACGGGAAAGCUGCUACCACCGAAAUACGGCAUUCUUAGAUAUAUAUUGGAUAGUGUUGGUUCCGGUCGGGUGGAGGAUGCGCUUAUAUGCCCUGUUAGCACGCAGUAUGACAAGGUCAUCGAGACCGAAUCCUACAUAAGUGAGCUCCUAGGCCAACCAAAACAGAAAGAGAACCUGAGGGACUUCAUUUCAGCGUCAUCUGUGCUAUCUCUGAAACUUGGCCGGAUCGAUGUUCGAUUCCACGAACCAUGGAGUUUGAGAGAAUUCAUUACCCAGCAAACAACCAGAAUACACCGAGCGCCCACUGAGAAAAACCUCAUGUCGAACAUUGGCGCUGAUGAACGGGCUCGAAUCCUUCGCACUUUUGGCUAUCGUGUCCUUUCCCAGAUCAACGAUGCCUCGGUUAUCAUGCCCACUGCGCUUGUCGGUACGGUCCUCUUGACGCUAAGAGGUAGAGGCGUUGGUAAGGCCGAACUGUCUCGACGAGUGGAUUGGCUAUGUGGCCGUGUCAAGGAAAAGGGCGGGCGGGUUGCUCAUUUCUAUAGGGCACCGACGGAGCAGGUUGUAGAACGUGCUCUGGACGUGCUGGGCCCUAAACUUGUCGGGAGAACCGUUGGCCUUGCGGAAGAAACCUUCUAUGUGGUUGAUCGGUUCCAGCUAUCCUUCUAUCGAAACAUGACUAUCCACCUCUUUAUCCCAGAGGCACUGGUGUCGGUCGCACUGUAUAGUCGGGUCAAGCAAGGUGGUGGGCCUUCCAACCAAACAAUAUCUUACGACGAACUCCUUACCCAGGUAUCAUUUUUGUCUCAGCUAUUCCGAGGUGAAUUUAUUUUCCCUCCAGAAGGUCUAACGGCCAACCUUGAGAAGUCGCUGCUUGGCCUCGAACGGGGAAAUGUGAUCAAGGUUACAAGAGAUGAAUCGAAUGUUCCCCAGAUGAUUGAACUCAGUGAACAAGAGCGUAAAUGUGGUCGUGAAAACUACGAUUUCUACUGCUUCCUCUUAUGGCCGUUUAUCGAGGCUUGCUGGCUUGGGACGGUUUCCCUUACCGGUCUAGCACCACCACUCGCAGACCCAGAGAAUGUUUGGGUUGACAUGAACAAGGCGCAGAAUAACGCUCAAUUACUUGGAAAAACGCUAUAUCACCAAGGAGACCUGUCGUACAUUGAAGCCGUGAACAAGGAGAUUCUAAAGAACUCCUAUCAACGCUUCGAGGAAGAGGGCAUCAUCAUCACCGCCAAGAGUAAAGAAACUCGUGAGCCACCGACGAUGCGCCUCGCGCCAGACUGGACACCCGAGCGGGAUCCUGAGACAGGCAAGCUGCUUCCCCAUGGGAAACUAUGGGAGUUUAUUCGUAUGAUUGCUCAAUCACGACGUGAAGGGAAAAAUCGCCGUGACGGGGAAACCAUCUCUUCACGCGUCCUUGAGCUAAGCGAUACCAUGGGUCGGUCUCUCUUCCAGAACGCGAGGCCGGUCAAGCCCGCUGGCGCUGGAGGAGAAGUUGAACUGUCCUCGCAGAUAUUAAGACGGCGAACAAUCGAUACAGCGUCAAAGCUAUAG